CCACUCUCCUCCGCGGUACUUGCAUCAUCGUCACCAUUCUGACCCGUCCUCUCCUCUCUGGCCCUGCGUGGAAAGCAUGUAUCAUGACAGUAUUUUAAUAUGCUGUUUUGAUCCUGCUAGACCGUAAUUAUCUGUGGAGAUGGAUUUUAUUCUUUCCUUAACGCAUUUUUGCGAGGUGCAUGGCCCUACCUCGAUCAUCUGUUCCCAAGUCCUCCCUUUCUCCUGUUCGCAAUGUUAUCCCGAUAAAUACGACCUCUCCUCCGACGAUACCCCCGCCACUCCCCAUGAUACCAAACCUCCUUCCUCCUCCCACGCCAAGCAAGAUGAAGAUUCCGCAGGCACAUCUGCGACACCCAAGAUCGAAGAUCAUCCCUACUUUAUGAAAAGCAACCCCAAUCCCGCCCCUGCUGAGCCACCAAAAGAGCGCCCCAGUCGUGCUGGCCCUGGCCCUGAUGGUGGGGAUACUUGCGCCAGUUGCAGUUUGACCCUUCCUGAGAAAUUGAGCAAACAGCUCCCGCCUGGCGCACCCGGUACUACCACAGAUGACGGUAAAGGGAAAAACGGAAGCCCCGUGUUUCGUUCCCGCGAAGUAGUCUACUCCUGCGGGAAUAGCCAUGGUGAUUAUGAUGACAGCGCUCGCGACACUCAGACCUCCUUUUCCGAAUCCAUGCAUUCCUCCUCUGUCGCAUCGGAUGCUUCGUCCUCUUGCCACACUCACAUGCUUACAUACCUCUCUUUGCGCGGUCCACCUAACCCCGCUGAUUAUGCUCUCCUGAGACGCUCCUCCAUCCGCACACUCAGUUGCGAACUCCUGCCGCGCGGUUUGUCGUCUGGCCCUAUUUGCUUUGGUGACUCCGUCGCCGGCUACACGAUUGCUUACAUCUUCCGUCUUCCCGAUCCAAUGGCGCGCGGUAAACGGCGCAGCUAUGCCCUGGUGGCCCUUGCCGGAAAAGACGCCGGACGAGCAUUCCGCGCAUGUCCAAUAAUCUGGCGGGCUUUUGGUCGCAUCGCCGCGAGCAUCGUCAGCUCGGCGGAGAAUUACCAGGAAGAAGAAAAGCGCCGCGAGGAGGAGCAAAAUGGUGCCAGCCGGGCUGGUGGCCGUCAAUACACUCCGGUCUCUUCUUUCCUGACCGGCCGCGCUCUGGACCCGGAUGGCCAGCCUCGCCGCCUCGGUCAGAUUCGCGCACGAAAUCUAGCCGAAAUCGCCGGGAAUCCGUACAUUUUUGCUGAACUACAUGCGAAUCUCACCGCCCUUCUCCAGCAGUUGGGUGCGAUGUUUGGAGGUGCUCCCAUUUCAGAGGACCAAUUUGUUUGCAGCACUGUACGAGACGAUGAGGCUUUUGCGCAGCGGCGUGUUUCCUUAUCCAACGGGAAAGGUCAAUCACAAGAGAAACAAGAUGAUGACCUUGGAUUGUCCACGCUGGAGAUUUCUGGUCCAAAGCCGAUCCCAAUCGCACCACGUCGAACGGUUAUUGCAUAAACCCGUCUCAUUUCUUUAUGAAUCCCCCGACAUACAUACUCCUACUCAACUUGUCUGAUCUCUUUGGGCCCUCCAACACUGGCCCCGUCAUUGCCUCUGUUCGGGUAUUGACCAUUUUUGUACUUGUUCUAUUUCCGAUUUUUUGACAGUGUUCUGUAUCGCAUACGGUUUGGGUCUUUUUUGAUGAGGGAUCUGGUAUAGACUAUGGCGUCUUUUAGACAUGGGACCGGAGUUUGUCUUUUCAUUGUCAAGCGUACUUUUGCGGGGCUAGCGAUCUUUUUU